AUGGCGGUGGAGCAGCGGCCGCUUGCACCUUUGAAGCUUCGUUCUCACGGGGUCACCCUUGGGUGGAUGCGCUAUGAUGAGCGAUACACAUCGUAUGUAAGGGAGACAGGACUUCUCCCUUUCAUUCAUAUGGUCAGACGGUCGACGCCACCCAACAAUGCUCCAGCACUCACCGCGCUUAUUGAUCAUUGGCGGCCGGAGACACAUAGUUUCCAUCUACGGACCGGGGAGAUGACAGUGACGCUCCAGGAUAUUGCUAUGAUCACCGGUCUUCCUAUCGAUGGGAAUCCUCUAUGUAUGAGCACCGACUCCGAUGGGUGGCGCGCGCAGAUGCAUGCCCUUAUCGGUAUGGUUCCUCCGGAGCCUCCGGAACCAGCAGCAGAAAACAAGAAGAAGGAAAGAGUCGCAGCCGGUGCUACUUUCACGUGGAUUACUGAGCACUUUGGUACUUGCCCACCGGAAGCUGAUGAGGACACGGUCAAGAUAUAUGCUCGUGUCUACAUGUGGUAUGUGAUAUCCAGGACUAUGUUUGCUGAUGGCACAGGCAAGAAUGCUCCAUGGAUGUGGCUGAAGGCGUUGACCGUCUUCGAUAGCAAAUGGAGUUGGGGUUCGGCGACACUGGCUUACUUGUAUAGACAGUUGGACGAAGCCUGUUGUAGGUCAUCUGGAGGUAUUGGUGGUUGUUUGCUCGCACUUUCCAUAUGGAGCUGGGAGCGUUUGCCGGUUGGACGUCCGAAGAAGGUGAAGUACGAUGAUUGGGACGACAAAGGCGACCUACUACGGCUACCCACUUGGGCUUACAAGUGGGAUGUGAUAAAUGAGACGACAGAUGAUCCCUCGGUCAUGUACAAGUUGUACCAGAGUGAGCUUGACGCGAUCACGCCUGAGCAGGUGAUAUGGGAGCCGUAUGGAACAGGAGAUAGUUUUGGUGACCCUUUAGAGUUCAGGCUGAAUCCGAUGUGCACUAGGGAUAGGGAUCUCUGGCGUAUGCGGUGCCCACUCAUAUGCAACUGGGCGGUUGAGCUUCACCUCCCACAUCGAGUGCGCCGUCAGUUUGGUUUGUUCCAGGCACAUCCGCCGGAGUGGGAGGACACGGACAAGUUGCUACACGCGUAA